GAUGGGAGCGCGAGGACGCAGUGGACGCAUCAUCCGCGAGCUGCGCGAGGACGUAGCGCGCGCCGUCUGUAACGGCUUUAACGAAAAACAAACGCGUUAAAACUUCGGUAAAAUAUGAGGAUUUUAUGUCAACGCUUUUAUAUGAACGGAGUGCGGAGGGGAGCUUUAAGCGAGCGGCCGCGGGAGAGCAGCUGAGCGGUCUGAGUCUGAAGCGUUAUUUACUGGGGGGUGAAGGUCUGUUAGCCAGGCUAGCCGCUUCUGAGCGGAUUUAUUCCGUUACCGUUAUUGUUGGUUUAAUUCGUUACGGUUGUCUUUAGGGAAUAUAUCGUUAGCUAAGUUAGCUAACCGGCCUUUCGGUGGUUGUGUGGCUACUUUAAACGAAAUUACCUCAGAAUUUACCUCAGGUAACUGAGGCCACACAGCGGAGACCGGGGCGAAAACGGCAACACUAGCGUUAGCUAGCGAGCGUUACCGUUACCGUGGGUCCAGCCCGGCGGCGGCGGCUGGUGUGGUUAUGUGUCCUGGUCAGGCAGCCUCCUCGGGCUCUAGGCUGCGGUAGGACGGGUGUUCUGCCUUCAGCGCUCCGCGGGUCUCUUUGUGUUGGGGGGCUGGGGGUGACUGCUAGGGUAAUUAACCAGUUUAUCUGAUAGUUCUUGUGGUCACUAGCAGCCGCUUUGAGGUUACUGUGGGAUUACAGAUCGUAGCUGGGGUGUAGUCGUUGCUCUAGUACAGUGUCUCCGCCGGUUGCUGUGUUGUUGCUGUGAUUUUGGGAGUGGUUGAUAGUGUGUGUACACGGUGAUGUGAGGAAGAUGCCCCAGUUCUCCAGGCUCCGGUAGAAUGGGACCGGCUGGCUCCCUGAAGCUCCGUGCUGCUGCUCUCCCUGUGCUGCCGUCAGCGUUCUGCGGGACUCCGGUCGAAACUAAUACGGCGUCUGGGUGCGGAUUCCCGGCCUGAUACCGAGCCCUCCCCUCCCCCAGCUCGGUCUUACAUACUGUCCCAGUCAGAGUUGGAGGAUAACCCAGGCGAAUCUGGACCUCCGGAGCUGCUGAGAUGGACGACACCGGGAUUAUUCGGCGCAGGAGGCUGCAGAAGGAUCUUCCCUUGCCUCGUAAAAACAGCAGCUGCCGCACCAGUAACAGGAAGAGUCUGAUUCUCACCUCAACAUCACCCACUUUGCCCCGCCCACAUUCUCCCCUACCUGGACACAUUGGAAGUAGCCCUCUGGACAGCCCUCGCAACUUCUCUCCCAGCACUCCUGCUCACUUCUCCUUUGCUUCCUCUAGACGGGAUGGGCGCCGUUGGUCUCUGGCCUCUCUUCCUUCUUCUGGGUAUGGCACCAACACACCCAGCUCAACGUCUUCCAGUUCCUCUCAGGAGCGUCUACACCAGCUGCCCUUCCAGCCCACCAUGGAUGAGCUGCACUUCUUAUCCAAACACUUUGGCAGCACGGAGAGCAUCACGGACGAUGAUGGGGGACGGUGCUCACCGCACGUGCGCCCACGCUCACGCAGCCUCAGUCCGGGUCGUUCUCCAUCCUGCUAUGAUAAUGAGAUAGUGAUGAUGAACCAUGUGUACAAAGAGCGCUUCCCAAAGGCCACUGCUCAGAUGGAGGGCAGGUUGGGGGAGUUUGUUCAAUCCUACAAUCCCGAGAAUGUGCUUCCUCUGGCUGACGGAGUCCUGAGCUUCAUCCAUCACCAGAUCAUAGAACUGUCCCGUGACUGUCUGACCAAGUCACAGGAAGGCCUCAUUACAACUGUCUACUUCUACGAGCUUCAGGAGAACCUGGAGAAGCUGUUGCAUGAUGCAUACGAGAGGUCAGAGAGUUCUGAGAUGACUUUUGUUAUAGAGCUGGUGAAGAAGCUCCUCAUCAUCAUCUCUCGCCCUGCACGUCUCUUAGAGUGUCUGGAGUUUAACCCAGAGGAGUUCUACCACUUGCUGGAGGCGGCUGAGGACCACGCCAAAGAGGGACACUUAAUGAAAACAGACAUCCCUCGCUACAUCAUCAGCCAGCUCGGCCUGACCAAAGACCCUUUGGAGGAAAUAGUCAACCUGGACAGUUAUGACAGCGAGGGUCCUCUCACGCCUGAGACUGAUGACUCUACAGAGGGGAAGAUGAGAGUCAUGAAGCCUCCGGGUGAAGCCGACUUCCAGACCAUCAAACUCAUCAGCAACGGCGCCUACGGAGCGGUAUACUUGGUCCGUCACCUGGAGACACGUCAGCGUUUUGCUAUGAAGAAAAUCAACAAGCAGAACCUGAUCCUGAGGAAUCAGAUCCAGCAGGCGUUUGUGGAGAGAGACAUCCUCACUUUCGCAGAAAACCCGUUCGUGGUCAGCAUGUUCUGCUCCUUUGAGACACGCAGACACCUCUGCAUGGUUAUGGAGUAUGUGGAAGGAGGAGACUGUGCAACACUGCUGAAGCACAUUGGAGCACUGCCUGUGGAGAUGGCUCGCAUGUACUUCGCUGAGACGGUUCUCGCUCUGGAGUACAUCCACAACUACGGGGUGGUGCAUCGUGACCUCAAACCUGACAAUCUGCUGAUCACAUCUAUGGGCCACAUAAAGCUGACUGAUUUUGGCUUGUCUAAAAUGGGUCUGAUGAGUCUCACUACAAACCUGUAUGAAGGCCACAUUGAGAAGGACACCAGAGAGUUCCUGGACAAGCAGGUAUGUGGAACCCCUGAAUACAUCGCCCCGGAGGUGAUUCUGCGGCAGGGUUAUGGGAAGCCUGUGGACUGGUGGGCCAUGGGUAUCAUCCUGUAUGAAUUCUUGGUGGGAUGUGUUCCUUUCUUUGGGGACACACCAGAGGAGCUGUUUGGACAAGUGAUCACAGAUGACAUUGUGUGGCCUGAAGGUGAUGAAGCACUCCCUGUGGAUGCCCAACACCUCAUCUCUGCUCUGCUGCAAACAAACCCUCUGGUCAGACUAGGCACAGGGGGUGCAUUUGAAGUGAAGCAGCAUCCAUUCUUUUCUGAGCUGGACUGGAACAGCUUGCUGAGGCAGAAAGCUGAGUUUAUACCUCAUUUGGAGUCAGAAGAGGACACCAGCUACUUUGACACACGGUCAGAACGGUACCAUCACGUCCACUCGUUUGAUGAAGACGACACUAAUGAUGAUGAGCCUGUGGAGAUUCGCCGCUUCUCCUCCUGCUCCCCUCGCUUCAGCAAGGUGUACAGCAGCAUGGAGCAUCUGUCUCAGCUAGAGCACAAGCCCGUGGUGACUCGAAGAGAGCCUAAAGGUCAGCGUGAGGACCGUAAGAAAAGGGAGAGCCUGGGGAGCUUCACAUUAAGAGAUAAAACAUGGAGGACCGGCUCACCCGAGAUGAAGCGCCUGUCGUGCUCAGAGUCGUCGUUUACAGAGUCUGACUCCAGUCCCCCCUCUGGAGCCCGCCGCCGUUUCUCUGCUCUGAUGGACACUCACCGUUUUGCCUCUCCACUGGAGGGGGAAACAGAGACACCAACACGCCAGCCUCCAGUCAAAGCCAGAGGAACGUCACUAGAGGGCGCUACAUUGCCAUCCAGUUCAGGCUCAUUGGAGUCCAGCGGUAUUGCAGCAGGGGGACUUGGAGCAGACAAACUGUUAAAGCCGGCUGAUGCUGCCGUGGCUUCAGCACCACUCCAUGUUCCAGACCUGUUUGGACCCAGAGCUACGAGUGACCUGGUUCUCAGACGAGCACGGCAUCAUCAGCUCUCUGCUGAUGGGGAGAAACGCACUCAGACACGCACCGGCACCAAGGUCAUAAAGUCUGCCUCUGCCACUGCCCUGUCUGUCAUUAUACCAGCAGUAGUAGAGCAGCAUGGCACAUCCCCGCUGGCCAGCCCGAUGUCUCCUCGCUCCAUUUCCUCCAAUCCAUCCUCCCGAGAUUCCUCCCCAAGUCGAGAUUAUUCCCCCUCUGUCAGCGCUCUGAGAUCACCAAUUACCAUCCAGCGCUCGGGCAAGAGAUACGGCUUCACCCUUCGUGCCAUCCGAGUCUACAUGGGAGACAGUAAUGUCUAUAGUGUCCAUCACAUGGUCUGGCAUGUGGAGUGUGGUGGUCCUGCUCAGGAGGCGGGUCUGUGUGCUGGUGACCUCAUUACCCAUGUGAAUGGAGAGUCGGUCCAUGGUCUGGUUCAUACAGAAGUUGUGGAACUCAUUUUGAAGAGUGGAAAUAAGGUAACAGUGACCACAACUCCAUUUGAAAACACCUCAAUUAAGAUUGGGCCUGCACGCAAGCCCAGCUACAAGGCCAAGAUGGCGCGACGUAACAAGAGAUCCAUAGCCAAAGAGGGACAGGAAAGUAAGAAGAGGAGCUCUCUGUUCCGUAAGAUCACUAAGCAAUCAAACCUGUUGCACACCAGCCGCAGUCUUUCGUCUCUGAAUCGCUCUCUGUCAUCUGGAGACAGUCUCCCCGGCUCCCCGACCCACGGCCUGUCAGCCCGUUCGCCCACACAGACCUACCGUUCUCCGCCAGACUCCGCCUACCUCGGCACGUCUUCUCAGAGCAGCUCUCCGGCCUCCUCCACGCCCAACUCGCCUGCUGCAUCGCAGCACAUGCGCCCAAGCUCUCUGCACGGCCUCUCCCCUAAACUGCACCGCCAGUACCGCUCGUCCCGCUGCAAAUCCGCUGGGAACAUACCCUUGUCUCCACUGGCGCACACACCGUCCCCGACAACAUCUUCACCACCCCCCAUCGCUGGCCAUUCCGUCGGCAGCUCCAACACCACACAGACCUUUCCCGCCAAGCUGCACUCCUCUCCGCCGAUCACACGGCCUCGGCCCAAGAGCGCAGAGCCGCCUCGCUCGCCCCUCCUCCAGCGGGUACAGUCAGCGGAGAAGCUGGGCCCUCCACCUCCACCAUCGUUUCCAUCAGCGUCGUCGCUGUCCGGCUCCGUCACGUGUCCAGAAAAGAAGGGAAGUCUCAGUGUGUCCAUGAGGAAGCACAGCCUGGAUGUGGCACAUGCCGAAUACCGCCGUGAGUCCUUCCACUGUGAACACGCCCUGCAGAGCCUGUUAGAGAUUGAAGGAGAAAACUCCCCGGUGCCGCCUACUCCCCCAGCUGCCGAAUCUCCAACACACAAACCGACAGUGGCACGGCACGAUGAUGCACUGCAGAUGCCCAGCAGGGUAGGAUGGCAGGGGUCAGUCUCAGCAACGCAGAGUGAAAAGUGUAAACCAUCUGAUGCAGCAGAAUCAAAGAUUUCCAGUAAAUCAGAGCCAGCGAAGGUGACUGUAAGUCUGGGUGGCACUGCAGCGCAGAUCUGUGGGCCUGCAAAGCAAGACAACACGGCAGCAACGUCAAGAUCACAGGCGACUCAAGCCUCCAUUCCUGCAUCAGCCAAAGCAGCAGAGAAGGAGCCAUCCGGAGGUAAAACCCCCUUACUGAAAUUGGAGACCGUUAGCGUGGGCUGUGAUCCAAAAACGCCUGAAAGGACCCCCACUGCCCUGAGUGCGGGGGUACAGGAGCUAAAACACCAAGCUGUCCAGACAGCGGUUACUAAAGGGCAAGAGAAAGGAAAAGCAUGGUGGGAGAGAGACACCUCAUCCAGGACAGGAGCUGCAGAUUUGGAAAAGAAGUCUGGAAAAAACACUCAGACUGUGGAUAUUAAUCUAAAGGUACUGAAUGGAGGAGGAGAAAAGGGAGGUCCAGACAGUAAAGGUAAAGCUCCAGCACCUCCAGUGACAGAAGCAAGUCCUGUACAGACCAAGCAAAAGAUGGAGAAGACUUCAGCUCCAUCCGGCUCAGCCCGAACUCUUCGGGACGAGAGAUCUCAUCUGGAAGUUCUGGAAGAGAAUCCAGCAUCCCCAUCAUCUGCUGCCCCGUCGCCCAGCUCCGGCAAACUGCGUGCCGUCUCACCCGGGGACAGAUCGAGCUUCGUCACUCAGCUCACCAGCGUGGCCAAAACGGUGCUUGGACCCAUGAAGCUGGGAUCCCAGGACGGGGGGAAAGGAAAGGACUCCAAAUCAAGUGAGGACAAGCGGUCAGGGACACUAGGGAAGUCUGACACUUCCUCCGGGAGCCGGCGUGUACCCACAGGAACCUGGCCUGGACCUGGAUCCUCUAAAUCUGAAAAAUCCUCAAAAAGCUCUUCCAAGCAUUCCUGAACUUCCCAAAAUGUUGGAAACUUUAAAACUCAAAAACUUUAGAACUGGAAGUGUCAUGCAGUGAAAACCGUGUGACACAGCCGGUACUUUCACAACCACCACAUUAGCAAGAUAUGCUUAUCCAAUGAAGAAAACACAGAAAAGGUGCUUCAAAACUGUUGUCGUCGAAUAUGUUUGUGUAUAGACGGUGUUUAAUGUAGGUGUGACACCAUGUUUGUAUAUAGGUCUGUGUAGGUGCAUGAUAGAAAUAUGUGAAUAAAAAGAAAAACACAAAGAAUACGAUACAAAAAAAAACUAAGCAAAGACCUAAUGCUCGUGAAUAUCAUGCACAUCCGACCAUCCACCCAGUCUGUACAGCGUCAGUGAAGCGAGUCAGCUGUGGCCAGUUGGAACACAGAUGUUCUGGACUGUGAUAGAAGGAUGAAACUAUCCCUGUUUCAUCCGGUGUGGUGGAUGAAGGAUUAAAGUUGCGGAGAAGAUUUGGAGAUGGACUGCUUAAAUACAUACAUUUACCCUUGACCCUUUAACAGAAGUGCACCAAACUUGAUCUCCAUCGUGAGAACAACUUGAAAUGUUACUCUUAAGCAUUUCAGUAAUUCCUAAAUGAAGUCAUGCAUCACUUAAUUAGUUUACCUUUACUGAGCUGCUGAAGAUUGCAUGGUAGACUGUGAAAGGAACUGUGUGUGUGUGUGUGUGUGUGUGUGUGUGUGUGUGUGUGUGUGUGUGUGUGUGUGUGUGUGUGUGUGUGUGUGUGUGUGUGUUUGUUUGUGUCCAUGUGAGAGUGAGAGUGAUUUUAAGGGCUUGGGCUUGACUGAGCUCAGAUGGGAAUAUUGACUUGCACAAUGAGCAGUACUGUGGUAAAGACUGCACACUGACUACUGAUAUAUGUCAUAUCUGAAUUUGCACUGAGCAUAAGGGAAAAAUAUAAAUAUAACAGCCCUCUAAAUACACAGUGGCCUAGCAGAAAUGACCUGAGAGCUGCAGAAGGGUGUGGUAAUGAGAGUGUCUUAAAAGCCUCAGAACGCACUGCAAAAACACUGUAUCUUGGCAAGUGAAGUUGUCUUCUACCAAAGUUCAUUUUUAAAAUAAAUCUGCUGGAAUUGUGUGAUGCAAACAUUUCAGCAUGGAGCAGAAUCUCAAAUGUGUGUCUCCAAACUCUUGUAAUUUAUACCAUAAAUAAUAAGGCAAAGUUUAGAACGCAAAGGGUGACUCUGCCUACUUUCAUUAUACAAGUGUUCCUAAUAAAGCGCUCAGACACAAAUCUUUAACAUGUAAAGUGAAAUGAAGGAAAUACCUUCUCAGUGGAAAACACAGUGGACUUUUUCUUUAGACAAAAUGAUUGAAAGCAUGCUUUACAACUUCUAGCAAUAAGUUUAAAUAUUCUUACUGUUCUUAAAUUUAUCACAAAAUUAAUUAAAAAUGACAUGCUUCAGCAUAUCCGAUUAUUUUACCUGCCAACAUACUGUCUUUGCAGUGUGUGAAAAGUAUAUGUGAGACUGAAACACAGUUUAAUGGAUUCAGAGAUUGAGGCCUUGACAAUGCUGUACACUACUGGGGGGGAACACAAUAUGAUGAUGAUGUGUGACUGUGGAAUGCACUGUUAAUAAGAGUCAGUGAAGUUAAAACCUCUCCUACAUAUGCAAAGAGCUUUGUAAAGUGUGUGAUGUCUCCUGGUAAGAGGUGAUAAUGUGUGUUUCAUUCCACGUAGAAUGUGAGUGAUAGAAGUCCCUCUGGGGGCUUUUCUUUCAGACUUGUUAGGCCAAGAUCUUUAUGUCCACAUUUUAUACAUGUGUACCAUGUCUGUGUUUUGACCUUAAACAGUUAGCAAGUAGCGAAUGCUGUUAAAAAAUUUGUUUACUUUUUUUUUUUUCAAAUAAUACAUUGUUUGUUGAGAAUCGGCCAAAUCUCUAUUUACACCCAGCUUUUCACCAUCCAGUAGCCGUGAAUAUAUUAGUUCAUAUGUUAGUGUGAUUUAAUUCCUUAUUAAGCACUUUUGUGUUGAUUGGGUUUAUUAUUGCAGGAGAAAAGUCCAGGGUCAGAUUUAUAAAAGUUUUCCAAAGAAAAGAGUCUCUGUAAUAGUUUACAAUAAGGGUCAUAAUUAACACGUAAGUACUUACAACAGUAAUAAACAUUAUUAAAUGGCACAGAUUUGUUGGUGGAUCCUGUUUUCUUGAACAAUUCUGAAGAAGAAAACAGAAUAUUAAUUAAACUGGUUGGUGAAUGAGGCCCAAUGUUUUCAAAUGCAGUUAUCCAGAAAAAAAAUAAUUUUCUAGUAUAAUCUUAAAGUAUCAUGUUAGUUAGUUAUGUAAAACACUUGGUAAAUCCAAGAUAAAUUGAGGAAAAAUAAAGUAUUUAAAAAAAAUUGAAUAAACAAAAGUUAAAAGCUAAGAAAUCAGUCCUUUGAUAUCAGAAAGACCCACUUUCUUGUACAUUAAAGAUUUGACAUUUAUUUUAUUUCUAUGUUUUAUUACUGUUAAAUUCAUGAAGCGGUUCUUAAGUUGAAAUGUUAGAAUAAAAAAACAGAGCUGUUUAAGUUUAAGUUUGAAGUUAAGAAAUCUUAUCUUUCUUAAGACUUUAGUGAAUCCGGCCCCAGAACUCAAAACACACUUUUAGCAUCACUCCGGUUACAUUUGAUUCUUCCCAGUGUUGCUGCAUUUAAAAAGGUGACAAAUUCAGGUCCAGAAGUAAAAAUCCUCCCUGGAAAUUUUUUUACAAAUGUGUGCUGUAUUACAGCUCUGUUUCACCUUGUUACAACCCUAAUGUUACAGCUUGUUUCACCUCUGUUUUAGCUCUUUGUUACAUCUCUGCUGAAGCUCUGUUGUACUCCUGUUUUACAGUUCUGUUUCAGCUCUGCAGGUUUUUAUUUCUGGGCCUGAAUUUGUCCCCUCUGUUUCAUGUUUUGGCAGUUUGGUAGAAACUCUCACAAACAUAAUCUUCACUGGAGUGUGUCCCCUCGUUCCACUCUGUGGUCGUGUGUUAGAUGAUAUCAUGUUGUAGAGUAGAGACUGUUGUCUGUGAACUGUCUUGUGUAACAGAUCCAUCUCUGUGUCUAAAUCCUGUAGGCAUAGAGUCCUUAGUCCUUAGUCUGAGGCAGAUUCCCUCUCUGAAAUUAAAGAAUAAAAUCACUGUAAAGAAUGCACUUUAUUCAUUCAGUAGGGGUCCAAGCACCAACGUGUCAGACAUCUACUUUUUAUAAUAGGAGUGUUUUUUUUUUUUUUUUUUUUUUUUUACAAA